ACGCAUGCUGCUGAUGACAUGGUGUACACGCUGCAGGUGGAGGACAGGAACAAGAGGUUCAUUUCUAUCUACAGAGGACCCAGCCACACCUACAAGGUCCAGAGGCUGACAGAGUUGACAUGCUACUCCUUCAGAAUCCAGGCAGCCAGCGAGGCUGGCAAAGGGCCCUUCUCAGAAACCUACACCGUCAGCACAUCCAAGAGUGUGCCCCCUGCCAUCAAAGCCCCACGAGUGACAGAAGGGAAUUCAUGUGAAAUUCUCUGGGAGACAGUUCCGCCAAUGAAAGGCGAUCCUAUCAGCUACAUUCUGCAGGUGUUGGUUGGAAGAGAAUCUGAAUACAAACAGGUGUACAAGGGAGAAGAAGCCACAUUCCAAAUCUCAGGCCUCCAGACAAACACAGACUACAGGUUCCGCGUGUGUGCGUGUUGUCGAUGUCUCGACAUCUCUCCGGAGCUAAGUGGAGCUUUCGGCCCCUCUGCAGCUUUUGUCUUACAACGAAAUGAGGUCAUGCUUACAGGGGACCUGGGGAGCUUAGACGACCCCAAAAUGAAGAGCAUGAAGCCUACUGAUGAACAGUUUGCAGCCCUUAUUGUGGUUGGCUUUGCGACUCUGUCGAUUUUAUUUGCCUUUAUACUACAGUACUUCUUAAUGAAGUAA